AUGGUGCGCACGCGCGGCGCGAGGAAAAACCUCGAAGCCGUCGCGCUCGCGCUCUGCCGCGGGAAACCGCUCCUCCUGGAAGGCCCCGCGGGCGUCGGCAAGUCCGCGACGCUGGAGGAGGUGGCGCGCCUGACGGGGAACGACGACUUCGUGACGCUGCACCUGGACGCGCAGACGGACAGCAAGUCGCUGUUGGGGUCCUACGUCGUGGGCGCGGCGCCCGGGGAGUUUGAAUGGCGGCCCGGCGCGUUGACGCGCGCCGUCGCGGACGGGACCUGGGUCGUCAUCGAAGACGUCGACCUCGCGCCGUUCGAGGUGCUCGCCGCGCUCGUGCCGCUGCUCGAGGAGCGGCGGCUUUACAUCCCGGGACGAGGCGAGAGCGUCGUCGCCGCGGGCGGGUUUCAGUUGUUCGGGACGACGACGACGGGCGGCGGCAGAGCCGGCGGGGGCGCCGCGGCGAACGCGCGCGCGGAUCCGCUCGCGGGGUUGUGGUCGCGCGUCGCGCUGGAGCCGCCGCGGGGCGACGAGCCGAUGGAGAUUCUGCGCGGGAUGCAUCCGAAGCUGACGCCGCUCGCGCACGGGAUGCUCCGGACGUUGAACGUCGCGCAGAGGAUGUGCGGGCAGGGGGGGGGCGCGGCGGCGCCGGGAGGCGACGCCGCCGCCGACGAGGACGCGAUGGAGGAAGACGACGCCGCGACCGCGACCGCGACCGCGCGGCCGCCCUCGCUCAAGCCGUGGACGUCCUCGCCGGGAUGCUGCCGUCCGGGCCCGGGAGGCGGAGGGUCAUCGAGGCCAUCGCGGCGUGCUGGGACCUCAACGCGACCGCCGCGGAGAACACGGACGCGCUCCGCAAGCCGUCGCUCGACCGGGCACGCGAUGCGACUCCUAGAGCGCGUCGCCGCCGCCGUAGCGGUGACCGAACCGGUGUUACUCGUCGGCGAAACCGGCACCGGGAAAACCGCGCUCGUCCAACAGCUGGCGCGCGUCGUCGGCGCACAGCUGUGCGUCGUGAACCUGUCGAACCAGUCCGAGUCCGCGGACUUCCUCGGCGGGUUCCGACCCGCGGGCGCGCGGCACCUGUGCCUGCCGCUCCUGCCGCGGUUCCGAGUGGUGUUCGAGGAGACGUUUCCGUCGGUGGCGAACCGAGAGUUUAUGACGCGCGUCGAGCGGUACGCCGAGCGAAGGAAGUGGACGCAUCUGCUGCACGCGUUUCGCGCGGGGGUGGAGCGAGUCGCGAAGCUCGCGUCCGAGGCGGAGGAGGAGCGCAAACGCCGCCGCGCGCUGUCCGACGCGCUCGUGCACGCGUGGAAGCAGUUCGAACGCGACCUCUCCACCGCGGAGCGCGCGUGCGGCGGCGGCGGCGGCGGCCCCGUGUUCGCGUUCGUCGAGGGCGCCCUCGUCGCGGCGCUGCGAGACGGCGCGUGGAUUCUGCUGGACGAAAUCAACCUCGCCCCCGCGGAGACAUUAGAGCGCCUCGGCGGCGUGUUAGAGUCCGCGCGAGGGAGCGUGGUGCUCUCCGAGCGCGGCGACGGCGCCGCGGUCCCACGGCACCCGCGGUUUCGAAUCUUCGGCGCGAUGAACCCCGCGACGGAUGUCGGGAAGCGCGACCUCCCGGCGGCGUUGAAGCACCGAUUCACGGAGAUAUACGCGGGCGAGUGCGAAGGACGGGAGGAUCUCGCGCUGCUCGUGUCGCAGGGGGUCGCGUCCGUGCCCAACGCGCCGGUGCACGCGAUCGUGGACUUUUACCUCGCCGCGAGAGCGGACGCGGCGAGCGUUUUGCUCGACAGCGCGGAUCAAAAGCCGCAGUAUUCGCUUCGCACGCUGAGCCGAGCGUUGGAAUACGUUCGAACCGCGGCGCCGUUGUACGGCGUGCAACGCGCGCUGUACGACGCCCCGCCCGCGCCGCCCGACGACACCCACGAGCUCAUCGAGCAGUACUGGGUCGAGGCUGGCGACCUCGAGCGCGAGGACCCUGAGGCGGCGGGUCGAUACGUCGUCACCCCGGGGGUGCGGACGCACCUGUCGUCGCUCGCGCGCGCGGCGUUGCUGCGCCGGCACCCGAUCUUGUUGCAAGGGCCGACGUCGAGCGGGAAGACCAGUCUCGUGCAGUACCUCGCGGAGCGGACCGGGCAUCGGUUCAUGCGGAUAAACAACCACGAGCACACGGACUUGCAGGAGUACCUGGGGUCUUACGUCACGGACGAGAACGGGCAACUCGCGUUCCAAGAGGGCGCGCUCGUGCAAGCCGUGAGACGAGGGUACUGGAUCGUCCUCGACGAGCUCAACCUCGCGCCCUCGGACGUCCUCGAGGCUCUGAACCGCCUCCUCGAUGACAACCGCGAGCUGUUCGUGCCGGAGCUGCAGGAGACGAUCACGCCGCACCCGCACUUCAUGCUGUUCGCGACGCAGAACCCGCCGGGGGCGACGUACGGCGGGAGAAAGGUUUUAUCGAAAGCGUUUCGGAACCGUUUCAUGGAGAUUCACGUCGGCGACAUCCCGGACGACGAGCUUCGGAUCAUCUUAAACAAACGAUGCGAGAUCGCGCCGUCGUACUGCACGAAGCUCGUCGAGGUCAUGCGCGAGCUGCAGCGCCGGCGGCAAGCGUCCAGGGCGUUCGCGGGGAAGGACGGGUUCAUCACCGCGCGCGAUUUGUUCCGAUGGGCGAACCGGAAGAGCAACGGGUACGAAGAGCUCGCGCGCGACGGUUUCAGAGUCCUGGGCGAACGCCUGCGAUCGGACGAAGAGCGCGAAGCCCUCAAAGCGACGCUCGCGAAGUCCGCGGCGAGGGACGCAACCACCGCGGCGGCCGCCGCGGAGGCGCGUCAGGCUGCGCAAGACGCCGACGACGCGUCCGCGCUGGCGAACGCGAUGGCGUGGACGCCCGCGAUGCGUCGGCUGUUUUCUCUCGUGGAGGCGUGCUUAACGCACAAGGAACCGGCGUUACUCGUCGGCGAGACGGGGUGCGGGAAGACGUCCGUGUGUCAGCUGCUCGCGCUCCUGCGCGGGCAAAAGCUCCGGAUUUUGAACUGCCACCAACACACGGAGACGGGCGACUUCCUCGGCGGGUUCCGGCCGACGCGCCCGGGCGGCGGCGGCGCGGCGAGCGGCGGCGCGGCGGACGACGAAGAGGCGACGCCGACUUUGGACGACGACGAGAGCAACGCCAAGGCGCCGCCGUUCGCGUGGGAGGACGGCCCGCUGAUCAAGGCGAUGCGCGACGGCGACAUCCUCCUCGUCGACGAGCUCUCGCUCGCGGAGGACUCCGUUCUCGAGCGCCUCAACUCCGUCCUCGAGCCCGGCAGGACGCUGACGUUGCCGGAGAAGGGCGGCAGCGAGGUGGAAGAACUCGUCGCGCACCCAAACUUUUUGUUGCUCGCGACGAUGAACCCGGGGGGCGACUUUGGCAAGAAGGAGCUCGCGGACGUCGACGAGAUGGCGCAAAUCUGCGAGAGGCGCAUCCCCGAACCCGCGCUCAAGCCGUACGCGAGGCACUUGGCGUCGUUCUGGGACUUUUACCGCGGCGUCGCCGGCCGCGGCGCCGCGAAAGCCGCGCUCGGCGUGCGAGAUUUAGUCGCGUGGGCGUCCUUCAUUCGCGCCGCCGCGACGGGCGCGUCCACCGCGCGCAGGCUGACGCCCUCCGAGGCGUUCGCGCACGGCGCGUAUCUCACGCUGCUCGACGGGUUAGGUCUGGGGUUGGGGUUACCCGAGGAGACGGCGCGCGGGCUCGCGCGCGCGUGCCGGGACUUUCUGCUCGAGACGCUGCCGGCGGAGGUGAGGGCGCUUCCCUCUCUUCUUCCUUCUUUUCUUCCUUCUUUUCCCGCCGGCGUCUUCGGCAUCUCCCCGUUCACGAUCCCGCGAGGUCUCGCCGCCUCCGCCUCGAGCGAGGCGUCGUUUGAACUCACCGCGCCGUCGACGCGACGCAACGCCGCGCGCGUCCUUCGCGCGAUGCAGCUCACGAAACCAAUCUUACUCGAGGGCUCCCCGGGCGUCGGCAAGACGUCGCUCAUCGCCGCGCUCGCGAAAGCGUCCGGGCACGAGCUCGUGCGCGUCAACUUGAGCGAGCAGACGGACAUGAUGGACCUCCUCGGCGCGGACCUCCCCGCGGACGGCGGCGCCGCGGGGGAGUUUCGAUGGGCGGACGGCGCCUUUCUCGCGGCGCUGAAAAACGGACACUGGGUCUUGUUAGACGAGCUCAACCUCGCGCCGCAGCCGGUGCUGGAAGGGCUGAACGCGGCGUUGGAUCACCGCGCGGAGGUGUUCGUCCCCGAGCUCGGGGAGACGUUUAAGUGCCCGCCGACGUUUCGCGUCUUCGCCGCGCAAAACCCGGUCCAGGAGGGCGGGGGAAGGAAAGGGCUGCCAAAGUCGUUUUUGAACCGGUUUACGCGCGUGCACGUGGAGCCGAUGGAGAGCUCGGAUCUGGCGCACAUCACGCGCGCGUUAUAUCCGACGAUACCCGCGGAGGUCGUCGCCGGGAUGGUGCGGUUCACGUCCGCGCUCGCGGAGGCGGCGGCGAAGCCCGGCGGGUCGUUCGCGCGCGCGGGCGCGCCUUGGGAGUUUAACCUUCGCGAUCUCCUCCGAUGGUGCGACCUCACGCUCUCCGCGAUCGGCGACGCCGUCGACGACGGCGACGGCGACGGCGACGAAGAAGACGCGAUCGCCGUCGCGCAGAGCGCGGUGGACGCGACGUUCGCGUCGCUGUUCUCGCAGCGGCUGCGCGCGGCGUCUGAUCGCGUCGCGUGCGCGAAACUCUUCGCCGUCGCGUUCGGUCGACCGCCCGCGCCGUCGCCGCCGCCCGCGAUCGCGUUGCGCGACGGGAUCCUUCACGUCGGAAGGGCGUCGUUCCCGCGCGGGUGUGGCGGUAACGGUCUCGUUUCGAGCGUUACCGCGCCUCCGCUCGGUUUACUGAGAGGGCAGCUCGACGCGUUGGAAGCGUCCGCGCACUGUUCGAGACAAGGGUGGAUGACGAUCGUGUGCGGGCCGCCGUCGAGCGGGAAGACGUCCCUCGUGCAAACGCUGGCGUCGCUCUCUGGACGAACGCUCAGGCAAGUCGCGCUCACCGCGGCGACGGACACGUCCGAGCUCUUGGGUAGUUUCGAACAAAGAGAGCCGGCGAGGGACCGCGGGAAGCUCGAGGAGGACGUCGUCGCGGCGCUUCGCUCGGCGACCGCGGCGGCGUUGAAACCAAAAACCGACGACGACGACGCCGCGGAGGUUGUCGAGGCGGCGUGGAGCGCGUGGGCGACGUACGCUUCGUUCGCCGCCGGCGCCGCGGCGGGAGCCUCCGCGGACGAAGCGGCCGCGGCGGCGUCGGCGCUUCACGCCGCGCUCGACGCGCUCGAAGCGCUGACGCGUCGCGCCGCCGCCGCCGACGACGACGACGCGAUGGCGAUCGACGGCGACGGCGACGGCGACGACGAUGAAACGGCCGCCGUGUCGUCGUUUCGCCGACGCGCCGAACGUCUCGGCGCCGACGCGUGGGGCGGCGCCGCGCCCGCCGCCGGGCGCUUCGAAUGGGUCGACGGCGUCCUCCUCAACGCCGCGACGCGGGGCGAAUGGGUCCUCCUCGAGAACGCCAACCUGUGCUCGCCCACGGUGUUGGACCGCCUGAACCCGCUCCUGGAGCAGGGCGGCGCGCUGCUUGUGAGCGAGUGCGGGAUGCGCGACGGGAAACCGAGGGUCGUGACCGCGCAUCCAAACUUCCGGCUGUUCCUCGCGUUGGAUCCGCGCCGCGGGGAGGUAUCGCGAGCGAUGCGGAACCGCGGCGUGGAGGUAUAUCUC